GGUACAACUCAAAGAAUCGGUGAUGGCUACACGAAGAAGAAAAAGACGCUGACAGCAGAGAAGAAGAAUUGCACAGCUGUGCACGUUGUCUUACUUUUUCCCUUUUUAAGACCCCCCCAAAAAUAAACAAGUAAGCUGAAGGGUAAAAAGUAUCAUUUUAGAAGAUGUCCGGUGAGCUGCGAGCAGAAUUGGAGAAACAUUUGGAGGCUUUAAAUAUCCAGACGAGCUGUGUGGAUCAUCCUCCGGUUUUCACGGUGGAAGAGAUGAUGCCUCACCUUCAGGAUGUGAGCGGUGCCGUCACAAAGAACCUCUUCCUGAAAGACAAGAAGAAGAAAACGCUGUGGUUGGUUUCGGUGCGUCACGAUCGCCAGGUGAACCUGAACGAGCUGGCCAAGAAGCUCUCUUUGGGCAGUGGGAACCUUCGCUUUGCAGACGAAGCCACCAUGUUGGACAAACUCAAGGUGGGUCAGGGGUGUGCCACGGCUUUGGCAUUGCUUUUCGACAAGGAACACGCGGUCACGGCGGUUCUGGACCGAGACCUGCUGGAAGGAGGACACAGCCUGAUCUACUUCCACCCCAUGACCAACGCCGCCACUGUGGGGAUGACGCCCCAAGACCUCUUACGCUUCCUCAAGGACAUUGGACACGAACCAGUCUUGGAGAAUUUUGAGUAGACUGACAGGAGAUUCUGCUAAUGAUUCAUCAUUAUUUUUAAAAAUAUAUUUUUUUAUAUAAUUAUAAAUACAUUGAAAUUAAUACAGUGUUCAUACAACCUAAAUGAAUAUUAAAAUGAAUAAAAACACACACUCUGGAUACAGC